AUGGAGCUUCAGCGGAAGAGCAGCAUCAAGUCAUAUGGCGGGUCCAACAGGUCGUCGCGGUCGGCCUCCUUCGACUUCGACCAGGACCAGGAUCGCGAGCGCCGGGAGAUCGUCGUCAAGAUCGACGACGACGUCCAAGGCGGCGGCGGCGGCUCCGGCUCCUUCUCCCUCCACGCGGCCUCCGCCCAAAACUCCUCUUCCACCUACAGCGCGAUCCCCGGAUCCGGGUCGGGCGCGUCCAGCGCGCCCGCCUCGCCCAACGGCGCCGACGGCGGCCGCUUCGCCGAGUCCUUCAGCUUCAAGAACCGCCCGCUCUCGUCGCUGGCCACCAGCGCCGAGGAAGGCGAGUGCAGCGACGACGUCGACCCACCCAGCCGCCUCAUCGGCAACUUCCUCCGGAAGCAGGCCGCGGCCGGCGGCGAGCUGGCGCUCGACCCGGACCUCGACAUGGAAGCAGAGAUGCGGCGGCUGUUGCACGUGCCGCCGGGCCACGGAGCCGGUGGAGCCAUCUCCCCUUCCCGGGACCUCCGCGUCUCGUUCCAGCAGCAAGACCCCCGCAAGAGCUUCUGCCCCUCGUCCACCACGGCGGGCUCCUCCUCCUCCUCCUCCUCCGUCGGCAAUGGCAACAGCCGGACGAACAAGGCCGCUAAAAGUAACGCGGGAGUCGACACGGCCGAGGUGAUCCGCUGCACGUCGGCGUCCACGGGGGCCGCGGCCGGCCUGCUCCCGCGUAGCAAGACGCGCUCCAGGCUAAUGGACCCCCCGCCGCCGCCGCCGAACGGCACUGAAGGCGAUCAGCGGAACGAGCGCAAGUCCUUCGUCGUGCAGGGCCCGCCAAAGUCCGGGCAGCUUCGGUCUGGUCUUAUCGGCAGAUCGGGCUUUCUCGGCAAGACAGGCGGUGGCGGCGGCGGCGGCUUCGAGGGCGGCGGCGGCGAGGAGGACGACGACCCUUUCGUGGACGAGGGGCUCACGGCCGACUUCAAGCGCGAGACGGUGGACUGCCUCAUCAUCCUGGAAUGGGUUGGGCUUGUGGUGAUCGUGAUCUCGCUGGUGUGCAGCGUCACCAUCCCGACCCUGGCCAGGAAAAAGUUCUCGGGUCUCCACCUGUGGAAGUGGGAGGUCCUGGUGUGCGUGCUCAUCUGCGGCCGGCUCGUCUCCGGCUGGAUCAUCCGCAUGGCCGUCUUCUUCGUGGAGCGCAACUUCCUGCUCCGGAAGAAGGUGCUCUACUUCGUCUACGGCGUGCGGCGCGCCGUGCGCAACGUGCUGUGGCUCGGCGUGGCCCUCGUGGCCUGGCACCUGCUCUUCGACAAGGACGACGCCAAGGAGGAGGAGCGGGAGACGCACACGCUGGUGCUGCCCUACGUGACCAAGGUGCUGUGCUGCCUGCUGGUGGCCACCGUGAUCCGGCUCGUCAAGACGCUGCUGCUCAAGGUGCUCGCCUCCUCCUUCCACGUCUCCACCUUCUUCGACCGGAUCCAGGACGCGCUCUUCAACCAGUACGUCAUCGAGACGCUCUCCGGCCCGCCCUUGGUCGACGAGAGCCGCAUGCUCGCGGAGGUGGAGCGGCUGCAGAGCGCCGGCGCCUCCAUCCCGACCGAGCUCCAGGCCGCGGCCAUGCCCAGCAAGCCCGCGCCUGCUGCUCCCGUGCCCAAGAGCGCGCGGCUCACGGCGGCCACGUCUCGGCGAGGGAUCAGCAAGCCGCAGCAGCUGCAGAGGCAGAAAACCGAGCGCCAUAAUUUCGACGACGGAGGGAUCAACAUUGACCAGCUUCACAGGCUCAGCCAGAAGAACGUCUCCGCGUGGAGCAUGAAGAGGCUGAUGAAGAUUGUCCGGUACGGAGCGCUCACCACCAUGGACGAGCAGAUCAAGCACGCCACGUGCCAGGAGGACGAGCUGGCCACGCAGAUCCACAGCGAGUACGAGGCCAAGGUCGCUGCCAAGAGGAUUUUCCACAACGUCGCCAAACCUGGAUCCAAGCACAUAUACCUGUCGGAUCUGAUGCGUUUCAUGAGGCAGGAGGAGGCUAUGAAAGCGAUGGACCUCUUCGAAGGGGCGCAGGAGCACAACAGGGUGAGCAAGAGGUCGCUCAAGAACUGGGUGGUGAACGCCUUCAGGGAGCGCAAGGCGCUGGCCCUCACGCUCAACGACACCAAGACGGCUGUGAACAAGCUCCACCAGAUGGCCAACGUCGUGGUGGCGCUCAUCGUCUUCGCGCUCUGGCUCCUCAUCCUGGGGAUCGCCACCACGCGCUUCUUCGUCUUCCUCAGCUCGCAGCUCCUCGUCGCCGUCUUCAUGUUCGGCAACACGCUCAAGACCAUCUUCGAGGCCAUCGUCUUCCUCUUCGUCAUGCACCCGUUCGACGUCGGCGACCGCUGCGAGGUCGAUGGGAUGCAGGUGGUCGUUGAGGAGAUGAACAUCAUGACCACCAUCUUCCUGCGGUACGACAACCUCAAGGUUUACUACCCCAACAGCAAGCUCGCCACGUUACCCAUAAUGAACUACUACAGGAGCCCCGACAUGGGAGAUGCCGUCGAUUUCUCUGUUCAUGUCGCCACACCGGUGGAGAAACUGGCUCUCAUGAAGGAAAGACUAAUGCACUACCUUGACAACAAGAAGGAACACUGGUACCCUGGCUCCAUGGUCGUGCUCCGCGACAUCGACGAUACAAACAGGCUGAAAAUAUCUAUAUGGUGCCGCCACACGAUCAACUUCCAGGACAUGGGGAUGAGGUUUGAAAGAAGGGAGCUCAUUCUCCACGAGAUGAUGAAGAUCUUGAGAGACCUUGACAUCGAAUACCGGAUGCUCCCGCUCGACAUAAAUGUUCGCAACGCGCCUCCUAUCCAUUCUGCAAGGAUGCCGACGACAUGGACACCACAUUUUUGAAAUUAGUUGAUAUUGUGGACCGAAGUUGCAAUGUACUCCUUUUGUUCCAAAUAGUACAUGACAUUUUAGAUAUGGGCAUAGUUGUCAAGACGCAGCUGACUGUUAUUUUAGCACAAACUUGUUAGUUUAUUUUUAAAUAGCAAUAAAAUACUUUUGUGACUUAAA